AUGCAUCAAAAGUCGAAAGAGGAUGAUACUACGGUGGAGCAUGAUGAGAGGGGCACCCUUGGUGUUGAAGCGCUGGAUAUGAUGCCUUCAUAUGGACCGGAUGGCGUCAGAGGGCUUUUCAGCUCGGGCUUUGGGUAUGACCAGGGAGUUAUAUCAGUCAUCAAUGUCAUGCCCCAAUUUCAUGCGGCUAUCCCGCAUGCGGAGAGUGAAUUUGGCAAAGGGUUCAUGACAGGCAUGCUGCUCCUCGGGGCAUUUGUCGGUUGUAUCUUCAUGCCUUAUCUUGCCGACAAGGUCUCCAGGAAGUGGGCCCUGACGGUGGUCGUUAUCAUUUUUGACAUCGGGGCCAUUAUCCAGACCUCGGCCCAAAGUUACGGCAUGCUGGUUGCUGGAAGAGCAAUUGGUGGUAUCGGGGUUGGUACACUGGCUAUGGGCGCACCACUUUACAUCUCAGAAAUUUCACCACCAAACCUGCGAGGAACCCUAUUAGUGCUCGAAUCCAUUUGCCUCGUGUCCGGGUCAGUCAUAGCAUAUUGGAUAACGUUCGGCAUGAGAUUAGUAAACAGUGAAGCUUCAUUCCGUGUGCCCUUUGGCUUGCAGAUGGUCAGCGCAACUCUUGUUGGAAUCGGUAUCCAUUUCUUCCCAUACUCACCACGGUGGCUGGCGCUCGUUGAUCGGCCGGAGGAUUGUCUCAAGAGUCUGAGUCGGCUGCGCGGCCUUCCAUUGAGCGAUCAGAAAGUCCAGGCUGAGUUCAACGCAAUAAUCAGUGAGGUUAGAGCCCAGAAACUCAUGGAAAAGCAACAACGCCCGGGAGUGACUGGCAUCAAGCGAGAGGCCCUGAUAUGGAUGGAUCUAUUCAAACCGCAGACCUGGAAGAGGACAGCAGUCGGCGUGGGUGUAGGAUUUUUCCAACAAUUCUCGGGUGUAAAUGCCUUCAUAUACUACGCGCCGACGCUCUUCACUUCAAUCGGCCAGGAGGGCGAGAUGUCCUUGAUUUUGUCGGGCGUAUUCAAUUCCCUUCAGCUUCUCACCGUCCUAGUCUGUUUCUUCACCAUCGACAAAGUUGGUCGGCGACCCCUGGCUAUACUAGGAGGUUUCCUUAUGGGAGCCUGCUAUGUCGUCAUUGCUGUGCUAAUGGCUCUAUAUGGGCCCAAUUGGGCUAACCCAUCGGCUGGUUGGGCCUGUGUGGCGAUGGCCUUCCUGUACAUUCUUGUCUACGGGAAUACAUACUCACCUCUCGGCUGGGCCCUGCCCUCAGAGGUCUUCCCAAAUGCACUCCGUUCUAAAGGGGUCGCGUUAUCAACUUGUGUCAAUUGGCUGUCCAAUUUUAUUGUUGGAAUCGUGACUCCGGCAAUGAUGGCUAAUAUUGGUUAUGGCACAUACGUUUUCUUUGCGGCAUGCUGUGUUCUUGCAGGAACGUGGGCCUUUUUCUUGGUACCCGAGACGACCGGCAGGACGCUAGAGGAAAUUGAUGAGGUUUUUGGGAAUGUUAGCAAACAAGCACACAACGAGAUUACCGGAGAAACUACUUCAAAAGUGGUUAGAGAGGCAAACCGAGUCGACGUGUGA